AUGAAUAAAAAACCUUUACUUCCAAAACAAACUAAACAAACUUCCUCUUCUCCUCCCACUAAUUCAGGGAACACUUUACUAGAUCGUAUAAAGAGUUUAAAUUAAAGGCAAUCAGACUAAGCUAAAUAAUUAACCCACACAUCAUCAUUUACAACUGAUAGAGUGAAAAAUAGAACAAGGGCCAAUUAUUCUGAAUAUUUUGAUUCAAGAAAAUUACCGUUUAAUUCUACUCUAUAACCAUCUAGAUCAAGUUCUUGUAAAAAAAAGAGGCACUUCUAUGAUGAAAAAGUAGAAAGUGAUGGAAAAAUAUCAUAAAUAGAAGAUUAAACAUAACAUUAAUAAAUAAAAGAUUUUAUUGCUUAAAUACCUAUAUGUAAAUUAAGCAAAGAUGAAUAAAUUGAAAAAUUAGAAUUAGAAAAUUAAAGUUUAAAUAAAUUAACAGCAGGUUAUUAGAAAAAAGCUGAAGAAAGAAAAACAAUAAUGAAAUAAUUGUAUGGUAUUUUAAAAACUAAAGAUUAAGAAAUUGAAUACUUAAGAAAGAACUAUGAAAAUUAAAUUUUAAUUUAAUAACAAAAAAUGGAACAAUUUAAACAUGAAUGCAAUCAUUUAUUAGAAAGGGCUGAUAGUAGAAUAAUAAAGUUAGAAGGUUUACUUUAAAAUGCAUUGUAAUAUAAAUAAAAAAGAUUGAAUGAUUUAUUAGUCAAAGAGGAAAAAAUGAGAGAUAUCUUAUCAAAAUUAAUAAAAAAAUAAGAAAGUAAAGAAAAAAUAGAUGAAGUAAAGAGUAUUUUAGCAUUUAUUGCAAGAGAAAAAUCUAGGUUUGAAACCCCUAGAAAAUAGAAUUCUUAGCAUGAAUAAAUUGAUAAUAUAUAGAAUGAACAUUAAAAAUUAGUAUCAUUACAUGAGAAUGUAAUGCUUUAAAUCGAGAAAUUAAAUUAUCAAGUAUCAUAAUCUUUAUAGACAUCUUAAUAUGGUUAAAAGGAUACAAUUAAGGAGCUUUCAUAAAAUAUUAAAGAAAUGAUAAAUCAAUUAUCUUUAUCUAAAAAUACUUCUAAGGAAAAAGAUUAAAAAAUUAAUUAAUUAUAAAAUGAAAUAAUCAAAUUUAAAAAGUUAGCUGAAAAUAAAAAAGAAAAUGAUGCUUAAAAGUAUUAAUAAGUGAUUAAUGAUUUGAAAUUAGAAUAAAGUAAUCUAGAAAAAAAAUAUUAAUAAAUUGUAAUACAAGAGAAAUUUGGAGAAGAAAAUAAUUAAGAAUUAUAAAAUCUUAAUGAUUAAUUACAUGUCUAAAUAGUUAAGUAAUAAUCUUAAAUAUAAUAAUUACACAAACAGAUUGAAGAUUAAAAUAGAAUUAUGAUGGCUAAUGAAAAAAUUAUUUAAUAAUAUCAGCAAAAGGAAAAAAAAUUGUAUGAAGAGUUAGAUAAUUAAAAAGAGCAAUAAGAAGAAAUAAAUUAAUUAAAAAUUUAAUUAAUUUCAUUAAAUAAUUAAAAAGAUAAUUUAUUAGAAAACAUAGAAUAAUUAUAGAAUGAAAUAAUUUAGAAAAAUGAUGCAGUUAAUCAAGCAGAAAAUUAAAUAAAUUCAUAAAUUAGAUUGUUAAAUAAAGGUUAAUAAGAUUUAAUUAAAUGUGAAAAUUAUAACGAAGAACUCUAGUAGAAAAAUAAAAUUUUAUAAGAAAAGUUAAAAAAAGUAGAGGAUAAUAAUCUAUAAUAAAUCUUAUAAAAUAAAUUGUAAGAUAUAAACAAUAAACUUGAGCUAUUAAAAAAUGAAAAUGAAACUUUAGUACAAUAAAUAUAAUUGUAAUAAGAUGAAAAAGAAAAAUUUUUUGAAUAGCUUAUUUAAUUAAUUAAAUAAAAGUAAAAUAGUCUUUUAUAUAAAUCGCAAUCACCGAAAAAUGCAAUAUCAAGAUAAAGUAGUAAAUUUGGAGAUCAAUUAUUUAUCUCUGAUGGUAAUAAUAAAUAUAUGUCAAGAUUUUAAUAAGAAUUAGGAGGAUUUGAUGAAAUAAUAUAAUAAUUAAGUUCAAAGUUGAUAUAGAUUGAAUAACAAAAGAACGAAUUUAGAAAUUUAAAUUUGGAAUAACAAAAAUAAAAUUCUUAAUUUCUUUUAUAAAUUUCUAAUUUGGAAUAAGAAAAUAAGAAAUACUUUUAAAUGUUAUAACAAUGGCAUUAGCAAAUGACAAGUAGUAGCACUGUUAAUUUGGAAUAAAAUUAAGAAGUAAUUAAAUAUGUCAAAUAAGAAUUAAAAAAAUUAAAAAAGAUGGAAGAUGAAUGUUAUUAGUUAAAACAAAUUAAUUUAAAUUUAACCAAUAUUUAAGAUGAGUUAACUUUUGAUUUAGAGGAAAAGGUUCGAUAAUUAGAAUAAUAUUAAUAAUAAUUAGAAAUAGAAUAGGAAUAAUCAUAAAAGCUGAUUAAAGAAAAUUAAGAACUCAAAUAAUAGAUCAAAACUUAAAAUCUAUUAGAAAAUAAUAAGCUAUUAGAAAUAGAAAUUGAAAAUUUAUAAAAUAAAGAAAAAGAAUAUCUGUAAAAAUUAGAAAGUUUUAAAGUUUAAAUUGAAAACUAAGAUAAAAAGAUAAUUUAGAAUUUAAAUCUCAUUUAAUAAUUAAAUGAAAAAGAAAAUAGUUAAAACUAAUAAAAUUAAUAACUUUAAAAUUAAUUAAAUGAUUAAUUAAAAAAAUAUUAAGAAAAAUCUCAAGAAGUUGAGAAGUUCAAAAUGGAUUUACUUUCAUCUUAAAAUAAAGUAAACUAGUAAGAAUUAAUGAUGAAUGAACUUAAAAAUGAGAUAAUAAAUGAAAAUAAUGAUUAAAAAGUAAAAUAAAAAUAAAUGAAUGAUAUAUAAGAAAAGUUAUAAACUUAAAUAAGUUCCAAUUAAGAUUAAUUAGUUUUAAUUCAGUAACUUAAAGAUGAAAUAAAUUAAUUACAUUAAUAAAUAAGGAAUUAAAAUGAAUAAAUAGAUUAGUAAUCGGCAUAGAAUAUUUAACAGUAAUAAUUUUUAGAGAAAUAAAUUAUUUUAUAAUAAGAAGCAUUGAAGUAAUUUGAAUAAUAAGAAUAAUAAAACAAAUAAGUUAUUAAUGAAUAAGAUAAAAAUUUUAAUGAAACUCUUGAAGAUUUGGAAUAAUUAAAAUGUAAAUUAAAACAGGCUGAAACAGAACAAAUAAUCAUAUAAUAAUAAUAUGAGGAAAGUUUGAUCUAAAUAAAUAAUCUUCUUUAAAAAAUUGAAUGUUGUGAAAAUCAAAAUAAAAAGUUGUAAGAUUAACUAGAAAAUUUUGAAUAGAGAUUAUAAGAUAGUUUAAAUGAAUUAUCUUUAAAGAAAGAAGAGAUUAAUGAAAUGGCUAUGAAAGAGUAGGCAAGUAAGUUUGAAUAAGAUUGUUUAAAUGCAAAGUGUCUUUCAUAUGAAUUAUAGAUUGAAGAAUAAGAAAAGUUGAUAUCUUAAUUAAAUAAUUAAUCUUAAAAGUAAUGUGAAAUAUAAGAGUAGGUAUUAGAUCUCUAGAAAAUAAAUGAAGAAUUGUAACAAAAUUUGAGUGAUUCAUAAUAAAACUAUGAUAUUUUGUAAAACACUUAUUAUGAUCUUCGUAGUUAAUAAAAAUUAUUAGAGGAAGAAAUUGAGGAUAAAAGUUAAGAGAUAGAAAUUUUAAAUAGAGAUUUAAAAAUUUAUAAAGAAUAAAUUGAUUAAAAUAAAGUUAUUAUCAAUCAAUUUUAAGAAGAAAUGGUUUAAUUAAGAACCAGUGCAAAUCUUAAUUUUGCAGAGAAUUGCAAGUUAAGAGAAGAUAAUCAAAUAAUUAAAAAUGAAUUAGAGAAUCAUUUAAUUAAUUCAUAAUAAAAUUUAAAUCAAAAUAAUGAAAAACUUUAGGAUUUGGAGUAAUAAAUAUAAGUUUUACAAAAUGAAUUAGAGAAUUAAAAAUUUUAAAAUUAAUAUCAAUAUUCUCAAAUUGAAGAAUUAACUAAUAUUCUAAAAGAAACAGAAGAAAAUUUGGAUGAUGUUAAGUAAGAUUUGGAAAUAACAAUAAGAUAAUUAAAAAAUGAAUAAGCUGAAAAAGAAGAAGAAUUUUAAAAUAAAUAAAAAUUAGAAAGAAUCAUUUAAGAAUAUAAAUAAGAAGUUUAAUAAUAGAUAUAAAAAAUCAAUUCAUAAGAAGAGAAUUUAUUAUCUUUACAUAAUAAAAUUUAUGAACAAAGUAAUCAUAUUGAAAAUCUAAAAAAUGAAAAUUCUAAAUUGUAAAUUGAAUGUGAAAAAUAAUAGAAAGAGAUUGAAAUUUUAAAAGAAAAUAUAAAUUAAUAAUUAAUAGUAAUUGAAGAUUAAAAAUAUAAUUUAGAGGAUUCAGAAUUUCAAAUUAAAAUAUUUUAAAAUAAAUAUAAUGAAAUAAACAGUUAAUUAGAAUAAUUAGAUGAAAGAUUUCAGGAUUUAGAAUAAGAAAAUGAAAUAUUAAACAGAAAUUAAUCUCAUAGUUAAUAAAAGUUGGAUUAAAUUUAAAAUGAGAAAUUCAUUCUAUAAUAAGAAAUUGCAGAUUUAAAAUAAUCUUUAGCAACCUUAUUCGAAGAAAGAUAAAAAAAUUAAGAACAAAUAUAAAAAUUAUCAUAUGAGAUAGAAUCAUAAAAAUUUGAAAAUGCAUAAAAGCAAUCAAAAAUAGAUAUGAUUUCAAAUUAGGGAAAUGAUUUGUAGUAAAGUUAAAUUGAAUUGCAAACAUAAAUUGAAAAUUUGAAAUAAAAUAAUUAAUAACUCUAAAUUUAAUUAUAAGAUGAAAAAUAAUAAACAGAAGUUAUGAAAUUGAAGUAAGAAAGUGAUUAGAAAAUUAUUGAAGAAUUAAAGAAUGUUGAGAUUGUAAAUUUUUAAAAGUAAAUUAAUAACUUCUAGUAAUAAGUUAACAUUUAUGAAUCAAAAGAAAAUUAAUAUUAAUAAUAGUGUAGUUAAAUGAAAAAUUUAUAAGAAGAACAAUCAAUCAAAGAAAAAUAAUUGGAAUAAUUCCAAGAAGAAAACUAAAAACUCAAAUAAGAAAUAAUAAAUUGUAGGGAUUAAAUAAAUUUAUUAGAAAAGGAUAAUAUAUCAAAAGAAUAAAAAUAUAAUGAUCUUGAGUAAAAGAUGAAUACUACAUAAAAGACUAUUGAAUAAUUAUAAAUAUCCCAAUAAGAAUUGAUCUUAUAAAAAGAAGAAAUGGAUGAGCAUAUAUUAAACUUAACAAAUAUAAAUGUUGUAUGUGAAAAAAAAUUAGAAUAAUAAAAUAAUGAUUUAAAACAAAGGUUAGAAACAAUUUAGAAUUAGGAAAAAAAAAUUAAUUAAUUGAAUGAAUAAAUAUAGCAAUUUUAGUAUAAUUAAGAAUCUUUAUCUUUGGAACUUCAAUAACUUAAUGAAUAGUAUAGAGAAACAUUAAGUUAAAAUGAAGCCAAAAUAUAUCAGAUGGGAUAAGAAAUUGAAGAAUUUACAAAAAAAAUAAAUUUGUUAGAAUAAAAGAAUGAAUAACAGGAGAUUGAAAUUAAAGAAUUGAAUUAACAAAAUGAAGAUUUCUAAAAUUAAUAAUUAUUAUUUAUGGAAUAGUUACAAACUGAAAAGCAAGCUCAUAAUAUAUAAUUGUCAGAAAAUCAUCAAUUAUAAGAAAAACUUUAAAAUGAAUUAGAAUUAGCACAAUAACUAAAGAUUGAUGUACAAAGAUUAGAAAAAGAAUUAGAUUAAUUAUAGCAAACAAUGUUAGACAAAGAUCAUAGUUUAAUUUAAUGGAAAAAAUAGUUCGAAAGCUUGAAGAUAUAAAAUGAGUAAAUCUCAUAAUCUUAAAACAUAGAGUAAAUAGAAAAUUCUGAAUCUUAAAUUGAUAGUAAUUAACUGCAAGAAUCUUUAACAAAUCCUCUUGAUGAAUCAGAAAUCAAUAAUGAUUAAAAAAGUUAAAAUUAAAAAUAGAACAUAUUUCCAACAGUUAGUGAAAAUGUUAGUGAAACAUAUGAUUUAUUGAUAAAAAAGAGUAGUGGAGUUUCAAGAGAUCAAAUAAUUUAAUAAUUAUAGGAAUAAAAUAGAUAAUUGCAAUAAUAAAUUGAAAGUUAGAAAUAAGAAAAUAUAAUUUAUGAAUCUCCUUGUAAGGAUAAGGCUGUAAUUGAAGAUUUAUAAUAAUAAAUAUAAUUGUUAAAAAAUUAACAAUUACAAAGAAUUAUUUAAUCUCCUCUUGAAGUUCUAAUAAGAGAACAUUUAGAUGAAUAAGAUGAAUUAAGUGUAUAGGAAAAGAACUAUUUAUUGUAAGAAAAGUGUUAAGGUUUAGAAAUUGAGAUCUAAAUGAUAUAGUUUGAUAACAAAGAAACUUAAUAAAUGAACGAGUCUUUAAAAAAAGAAAAUGAGAGCUUACAAAUAUAAGUGAAUUUUUUAAAUAAAACUGUUAAGGUUUGGUCAGAAACAACAACAAAUAUACAUUAAUAGUAUGAUUAAAAAUAAUUAACAAUAUUUAGUAUGUUAUAGUAGGCUCUAAACUAAGAUAAAUAAUGGGGAUCAUAAAUUAGUUAAAUUGGAUUAAAUUAAGAAUGUGAAUCAAUUUUUAAAUAGGUUUGUUCUAAAGUUUAUGAGAUGCCUUUGCUUAAAUUGUAAUUAGAGAAUAUUAAAAAAUAACUGGAAAAAGAGAAAUAAGAAAUCAAAUAAUUGAUUAAUGAGAAGAGGAUUUUGAGUUAAUAAAUAAUUGAUGUAACAAGUUAACCAGAUAAUUCCUCAAGACCAUAUAAUAAAUCUAGUGAGCCAAAUAGUGCAUUAAAAGUUAAUUAAUCAAUUGAUGAUGAUGAUUGUACUUCAAAUAUUAAACAAAUUUUGUUGAAGUACAAAAAAGAAUAAGAAUAUUUAAAAAUGGAAAAUCUUAAAUUGGCUUAAUAAUUAAAAGAAAGUGAAUAAAAUGAAGAUAUUUAUAUGGUAUAUAAUUAUUGUUUAUAUUUAGAAAUAAAAUAAAUUAAUGAAAGAUGAGAAUAGAAUAUUAAAUGAAAAAUUAAAUUCAAUGUAAGAUGAAUUAUAGAAAAUGGCAGAAAAAGUUUCCAAUUCUGAAAAUGGGGCAUUGGCUGAACAUCUUAAAAAGAAUAUUUAGAAAUUCUUUGAAGCUUUGCAAUAGGAGUAUUUUAUAUUUUUAAAUUUAGAAAAAAACAAGAAUUUCAGUCUUAUUCUUCACAUCUUUUAAAACUAAGUGGUGUUUAAUUUGAAUAAUAAAUUAGUGAAGCUUUAAUUAACAAAUUAAGUUCUGCUAUUGAUAAAAAGAAAUCGAGUGGGGUUUUUGGAAUGUUUAAAUGAUAUUAAUUAAUAAGUAUGGU